AUGGCAGAAAAUGUAGUGCCGAACCCAAUUCACGUGGCUGACCAAAGAGACCGUGCAAUGCGAGAUUAUGCAGCCAYAAUAUUAGAGGACCUGAACUCUAGCGUUAUAAAUUCGUUUCCAGCAGAUGCCAAAUUUGAAUUUAAGCCAAUGAUGCUUCAAAUGUUAAACAAUAUUGGCCAGUUUGGGGGGCUUGAACAUGAAGAUCCACGCUCUCACCUUAAAUCUUUUAUUAAAGUUGCUAACACUUUUAGAUUACCUGGAAUCUCUGAUGAUGCAUUAAGACUCACAUUAUUCCCUUUUUCUGUUUCAGGCCAAGCAACAGCAUGGCUGAACGCCUUCCCGUCAGACACCAUUACCACAUGGAGCGAUAUGGUGGAUAAAUUUCUUGUUAAGUACUUCCCACCGACAAGGAAUGCAGAUGUUCGGGAAGAGAUUAUCUCAUUCAGACAAAAGGAGAAUGAGGCGGUAAACGUUGCUUGGGAACGUUUCAAAGAUCUAAUAAUGAAUUGUCCAAAUAUUGGAAUCCCAGCAUGCGUACAAAUUGAACAUUUCUUUAGAGGUUGCGAUAUACUGACUAAGAUGAUGCUUAAUGGGGCCGCAAAUGGGAAAUUUACAUCAAAAUCUUUCAACGAGAUAGUGGAGAUUCUGGACCAGCUAUCUGAACACAAUUAUCAAUGGUGCUCGGAGAAAUCAAGGACCCAAUCAAAACGAGCAGAUCCAGCAGGCGUGCUAGCCUUAGAUAAUAUGACGUCUAUGCAAAAACAAAUUGACACCAUCACUCAAAUGUUGAAGAACAUGGAAAAGAACAAUGCGRCUGCCGCAUCAGCCYCAGCAACAACCAAUCCUUCUCCUGUUUACCAAAUAGCUGAAUCUACUUGUUAUUAUUGUGGAGAUCUACAUCCAUCUGAAAAUUGCCCUUCUAACCCUUCUUCUAUGUAUUAUGUAGGUCAAAUGAAUCAACAAAAAUUCAAUCCUUAUUCGAACACAUACAAUCCGGGAUGGAAGCAGCAUCCUAAUUUCUCAUGGAGUGGACAAGGAAGUUCCAAUACUACGGGACAUAAUCAACAGUACAAGGAAGCUUAUACCCCACCUGGAUUUCCAAAUUCACCUGCUUUUCCACCAACUCCACAUCAAUACAACCAACAGAAAAAUUAUGUGCAGCCGGCACAACAAAACUUGAGUAACAUGGAGAUUUUAAUGAAGGAAUUGAUAACCAAGAACGAUGCCACAAUGAAGGAAUUAAUGACUAGGACUGAUGUUACCAUGAAGGACAUGAAGGAUGUGAAGGAUUACAUGGGCAGAAAUGACGUUACGGUAAGAAAAUUAGAGAUGCAAUUGGGACAACUUGUGAAUGAGGUAAGGACAAGACCCCAGGGUUCAUUACCGAGUAGUACAGAAGAGCCAAGAAGAAUAGGAAAAGAGCAUUGCAACUCCAUUGCAACAAGGAGUGGACUAAAAUAUGAAGGGCCUCGGAUGCCAGAUGAAUCUUCCCAUAGCCCUUCGAGAGAGAAAGACACACAGGCCGUACCUGACAAAAUAGUAGAACCAGCGGUAAGUGUACCGGUUGCCCCACAGGUAAGUAACUCUAGACCUCCUCCUCCCUUCCCCCAACGUUUAGUAAGGAAAAAUCAGGACAAUAAUUUUCGUAAGUUCCUAGACAUCUUGAAACAACUGCACAUUAACAUACCCUUUGUUGAAGCUCUUGAGCAAAUGCCUACUUAUGCAAAGUUCAUAAAAGACAUAAUAACUAGGAAGAAAAAGUUAGGAGAGUAUGAGACGGUAGCUUUGACAGAAUGUAGUAGUAAUGUUUUUAAGAGCAAAAUGCCCCCUAAGCUUAAAGAUCCUGGCAGCUUUACAAUCCCUUGUUUAAUAGGAGGUAAAGAUGUAGGGAGAGCACUAUGUGAUUUAGGGGCUAGCAUAAAUCUCAUGCCUUUGUCCAUUUUUAAGAAGUUUGAAAUAGGGAAAGCUAGUCCUACCACCGUCACACUCCAGUUAGCAGAUAGAUCGAUCACCAAACCAGAAGGAAAAAUAGAAGAUGUCCUAGUAAAGGUUGAUAAAUUUAUUUUUCCUACUGACUUUAUUAUUUUAGACUGUGAAGCUGACAAGGAUGUGCCUAUCAUUCUCGGACGCCCAUUCCUAGCUACAGGAGAAACUCUAAUUGACGUUAAAAAGGGAGAACUCACGAUGCGCGUUGAUGAUCAGAAGGUGACAUUCAAUAUGCUGGAUGCAAUGAAAUAUCYGGACGAUAUGGAAGAGUGUGCAGUAAUUAGCAUUGAUAAGRGAAUUACUUGUUAUGAGUUAGAUGAUUUGUUAAAUGCAGAAAUAGAGGCAGAGUUAGAAGAAGCAGAAAAGGAAGGCAUCAUAGCGACAACUGCUUUGAAGAAAGAAAAGAGAAAGUCAAUUCAGCCUUUAAAAAUAGAACCACCGUGA